UGCCCUGCCUUCCCGCUCCCGCGGCGCAGCAACUCCGCCGGGCCUCCUUAAAACUCUGCCGUUAAAAUGGGGGCGGGUUUUUCAACUCAAAAAGCGCUCAAUUUUUUUCUUUUCAAAAAAAGCUGAUGAGGUCGGAAAAAAAGGGAGAAGAAACCGGCACCAUCUCUGCAGAGGCAACAGWAGCAGCAAUUAUUUCAGCGAAAAAAAGAAGCAACGGAGGGAGGGAAGGAAAAGGUCAGAAAGGGGGACGACGCGCAAGUGCCUGUAGUGGUAAGGCGAGCAGAGACCUGCAAUUUUGGGGACCAACUACAAAGGAGACUGUCACUGGCAGUGCUGCAGCUUGAGAGGAAGCUGUGCUGCUCAGUUCGGCUCUAGGGCACAGCUGGCUGGCAGCCGCUGCCCUGUCGGCUGCUCAGGCUAGGGGCACAGGCUGGGGGACCGCGAAAGAUUGGCGAAGUGGCACAGGACGCCGAAACUGCUGAGCUCUCGUCAAGAGGGCGGCUGAACUGGCUGCGCCCUGGAAUUGUGGCGACUACCCAUACUCAGGGCUUGGCCUCCUCUUCCCAGGACCCUCCCCAUCUCGGAGGCACACAGAAAACUGGGAAAGACACGAAAAGAAGGCGACGGCGGCAGCUCAAUGAGUGUCUACAGCAGAAAGCCAGACCUAACUCAGUCGUAGGCGGGAAGUUACCCGUGAGCUGCUCUUUGCAGCUGAGAUGCUGCCGCGAGCUGCUCCAGCGACCCGAACCCGAUAGACGCUUCCCGCAUCGCUAUCGUCCUUGCUCAGGCUGCCGGGUGUCCCGGGACCCGGUGGGGCCGGCAUGACGGGCUUGCCGGGUCCGGCCGCACGCUCGGCAACCUUGGGAGUUGCGCGCCCAGCCCGGCUCCCACGGCCUCUGAGGCUCAGAGGAGCUGCGGCAGCCCGGCGGGCGGGCUCCAGAGCCUUCUAGCGCGGCAGUAGUCCGCAGCUCGGCCCCCACCGGACUAAAGGCUCCUCUUGAGAAGCCGAAAACAUUGGAAAUUAUUUCGACCUGUAACUGGAGGGCCACAGAACUGCUACUCCWGUCUGCCUUUGGCGAUCAUCUUUAACUCGCGGAGCACGUCAGCAUCCAGCCACAGCGGCGCUCUCCCAGCAACGGAGGACUCCAGACUACCCCAUUCCGUAAGACGGAUGGAAACCGAGCCCCUGCGAGGGCCUGCCCCUGAAGUUCUGGCUCAAGUCACCACCGUGAACAAGGGACCCUAAAGAAUGGCCGAACCUUGGGGGAACGAGUUGGCGUCCGCAGCUGCCAGGGGGGACCUAGAGCAACUUACUAGUUUGUUGCAAAAUAAUGUAAACGUCAAUGCACAAAAUGGAUUUGGAAGAACUGCACUGCAGGUUAUGAAACUUGGAAAUCCCGAGAUUGCCAGGAGACUACUACUUAGAGGUGCUAAUCCCAAUUUGAAAGACCGAACUGGUUUUGCUGUCAUUCAUGAUGCAGCCAGAGCAGGUUUCUUGGACACUUUACAGACUUUGCUGGAGUUUCAAGCUGAUGUUAACAUCGAGGAUAAUGAAGGGAACCUGCCCUUGCAUUUGGCUGCCAAAGAAGGCCACCUCCCAGUGGUGGAGUUCCUAGUGAAGCACACGGCCAGCAAUGUGGGGCAUCGGAACCAUUCGGGGGACACAGCCUUCGACUUGGCCAGGCUCUAUGGGAAGAAUGAGGUCGUUAGCCUGCUGGAGGCAAAUGGGGUUGGGGUCGGGGGAGCAGCAAAUCUGCAAUGAAUAUGGGAGGGCUUUCCCACAUUGCCUUUACUUUGUCAGUUAAUUAGUUGGCUGUCUUGACUAUUUUAAUAUCUUUUGUUAAAAUAUAGUUUUUUCAUAUUUUAAGCAGCUAGUUAAAGCUUCUGAAACUGCACAAGUGGAAAUCUUGCUACAGGUUCAUGAAUAUAUUUAAACAUCUUUUUCACUGGCAAAAUCUUGAUAUCUAAUGUGUAAUUGCAAAUAGCUUUGCCUUUCUUCUCCACAUUUUAUCAACUACUUGACUUUCUUUGCUUACCCCUUUGCCAAUCAUUAUAUCCAACUUCGAGACUUUGUUUAUAAAAUGGUUUGUCCUGAUGCUUCUUUAGCCUAAUUAAAACACUUUUUCCAAGCAGGCAGACAUUUUUCUGUGAUUUUCACUCCUCUAUAACCCACACAAAACAUGCCACUUGCUAAAAAUUGUACUAAAAGUUCAUAA